UAACAUUGAAAGGAGAAGACCUUAGCUCUGACAAAGCUAGCGGUGACCAAAAAGGGGUCUUGUCAAAUUAAAUUUUAAUAAUUUACGAAUAGAGGCACUAGGCUAAGAAACAAAUUAAAGUGACAAUAGAGCCUCAACCUCAGAAAAUAUGAAGAAAUAGCAUUAUUUUUUAUGACCAGCUCGAUUCGAUUUUUGCUCCAAUUCAUAAUCUUCCAGAAUAAGUGCAAAUAAAAGAAUCAGACAUAAAGAUUUAAUAAUAUUUUAUUUAUUUAAACAUGGAUUUCGCAAACCCUUUUGCUUUUGAAAAUCAGAGCUCUCACCCAAUGUGGGAUUACGAAACUGUGCUCCAGCAGUUGGAACAGACCAAACAGUGCUGCCCGUUUGUUCAUGGAGACAAACCACGCAGUAAAGAUCCUCGUAGUAGCAGAGAUUCGCAGGUUCCUCCAAUACCAGAGCAUCACCAAAGAAAUUUGCAUCAAGAGAGCGAAAGAAGAGUGCAUGAAGACAUUAACACCCCUAUCCAACAACAAAUGAUGAUAAAGAUACGAAGAGAUCAACCCAUAAUUAGUGAACAGAGGACUCGAGAAUCUAGUAAACUUAGUGAAAAUGACGAAGAGGCUUUUGAAGACACCGGAGGGAUAAUUAACAGAAGAAGACGCUCCAAAAAACUCAACAUCAAGGCCAAACUUAUCAAGCUUCGUGAUCGUCUCCUCACCAAUCGUGAAGCUUCUUUCAAACGCUCAAUGAAAAAGAGAAGAUGAACCAAAGGCACUACUUUGAAAAGACGCUCUCAGUACAUUGGAGUGUCCAAAAAUAAUACUCAUUGGCAGGCUCUCAUCACCGUCAAACGAGUCAAGAGAUAUAUUGGAAUAUUCUUCGAUGAAUUAGAAGCAGCCAGAACAUACGAUUUGUAUGCGCUCGCAAUGAAAGGGAAGAGCGCAUCCCUUAACUUUGACUAUACUUGCGAUGAGAUGCUAGAAGUGAUAAAUUUCUAUCUAGCCCAUGACAGAAUAAACAUGGAACCACAUUUUGACGAUUCAACUUAAUAUUGGAUGAUAUGAGCAACUAAUAUCCAACUCCAUUUCUGAUUAAUAGAAUUGGAAAUAAAUCGAUAUUAUUUUAAAUUCCAC